AUGAAGUACGUGCUGGGAAUCGACCUGGGCACCACGUCGGUGAAGGUAUCGGUGGUGGACGCCGACACCAAGCGGCUGGUGGAGCACCAAGCGAAGGCCACCAACAGCGAGGCGCCGAGCUCGGCGCCCGGCGCCCGCGAGCAGCACGUCCCGACCAUCAUAUCGGCGCUGAACAUCUGCCUGUCGAAGCUCGACGCCGACGCGCGCCGCCGCGUCGCCGAAAUCGGCGUCUGCGGCCAGAUGCACGGCGUCGUCUUCUGGACGGCCGACGAGUCGCGCCGCCCGUGGCAGUUCCAAGGGAAGACCUAUCGCAUCGACGACGGCGCCGUGUCGAAUUUGCACACGUGGCAGGACGGCAGGUGCUCGCCGAGGUUCCUGGCGCUGCUGCCCAAGCCCGACUCGCACCUGGGCGUCUCCGCGGGCUUCGGCGUGCCGACGAUGUUCUGGUUGCUGAAGAACUCGCCGGGUUUCUUCAAGAAGUACACCAAGUGCGGGCCGAUUUCGAGCUUCGUGGUGGCCAUGCUGACGGAUCAGGUCCACCCGUACACCUCCGAACAGAACGCCGCUAGUUGGGGUUACUUCAACUGCCGCACGUCCGCUUGGAACUUGAAGUUGCUGGAGAAGUACGGUUUGCCCGUUGAUAUGCUGCCUAAAGUCAAACCGGCCGGCGAAAUCGUGGGCGUACUCAAAGAAAGAUGGCACGGUUUACCCGAUGGCAUUCCCAUCGGAGUCGAUAUGGGCGAUUUACAAUGCUCGGUUCUAUCCACGCUCACAUCGGACACCGACGCUGUACUGAACAUCUCCACGUCGGCCCAGAUGGCUUUCGUCGCGAAGAAAUACAUCCCGCCCGCCGGAGUGCCCGUAGUCAACCCGAUCUCCUACUGGCCGUUCUUCCGCAACCAAUUCGUCGCCGUGGCGGCCUCCCUCAACGGCGGCAACGUCCUGGCGAUGUUCGUGGACACGCUGAAGGGCUGGCUGGCCGACGUCGGCGAGCCAAUCGACGACGACGCCGUCUGGACGCGACUCAUCGCCGUCGCCAAAACCGACAACACCAAACCGGAGCUCGAGAUCAAGCCCACCUGCCUGGGCGAGAGGUUCGCCCCCAAUCUGCUCGGCUCCGUGCGGAACAUCACCGCGGACAACGUCGAGCUGGGGCACGUGUUCCGAGCGCUGUGCAAGGGGCUCGUCGCGAAUCUGCACUCCAUGAUGCCCGCUCGAGUACUGAUAGAAGCCAAUGUGGAUAGGAUAGUGGGCAACGGCGGCGGGUUGUUCAGAAACGAGGUGCUGCAGGAGGAGGUUGAGAAAAUCUACCAGCUGCCUCUGGUGUUCGAGCAAGAAGGAGACGCCGCUAGAGGCGCCGCCUUGGCGAUGAUCGAUUUCGAACGGAACAGCUGCUGCUCCAACUGGCCUCAAUGA